AUGCAUUCGUCAAUUCGGCCGCAUCAAUUUGUGGCGGUCCAGCUGCCAUCAGAGCAGACUCGCCUCGUCAAGCUUGUUCCUAACACCAUAGUGAAUUUGGGCAAGUACGGCAGCUUUUCCGCCAACCAGGUCAUCGGACGGCCUUUCUAUCUAACUUUCGAGAUUCUUGAUACCCCAGAGAGUGAUGGAUAUGGACUGCGCAUUGUCUCCGCCACAGAGUUGCACGCCGAAACCCUGAUCGAAGAGGCCGAGGCGGAUGGAGAAGGCGAUGAUGCAGAGGCAGGAGAUGGGACACCCUUGCGCACGAAUCGCGAGAUCGUGGACGAUGCCUCUACUCAGCGCUUAACCUUAGAGGAGAUCGAAGAGCUGAAAAAAGAGGCAAGUGGAGCAGGCAAAGAUAUUGUCGCAAAACUGUUGGAGUCACAUUCUGCUUUGGAUCAAAAAACGGCCUUCUCGCUCGCCAAAUACACACUGCGCAAGCGCAAGAAGUACAUUCGGAGGUUUACCAUCCUCCCCCUCGAUGUCAACCUUCUCGUCAACUACUCGCUGCAAGAACGAGAUGCCGGAAGAACUAUGGAAUUGCGUGAUGAGCACAUCGGUCUGCUUGGAUGCCUGGCCAAUGUGCACCACGGCGGACAAGUGAUGACGGAUCCAAUUCCUGACGUCAAGCCGAACGGUCGAUAUCUCGUGGUGGAUGAGACUGGCGGUCUCAUUGUUGCCGCGAUGGCUGAGCGCAUGGGAAUCCUGUAUCCUCGCGAUGAUGAGGAUCUAGAAUCCGAAGAACAGCAUUCUACAAAUGAAGGCAAGGAGCAGACCAAGGAAGUCGGUGGUGCUGGAUCAAAGCCAUACCGGCGUAUUCGUCCCCGCCCUAUGUCAGCAGCAGGCAACACCAUCACUGUCGUCCACGCUUACUCGCAACCUAACCUGUCCCUUUUGAAAUAUUUCGGAUAUGACACCAACAACCCCGACGAAUCACACCCUCUUCACACCAACCUGAAGACCAUCUCAUGGCUCCAGCUUGUCAACCCCGAGAGCGAUCCAAUUCUUUCCGCUGAGCUCCCGUUCAUGCCCGCCCAGGAGUUGGCCGAGCUCAAGCCCAGCAAGCGUACUGCAUACUUCUUCAAGCGCAACCGAUGGGAGAGAGUCAAGAAUGUGGUGAAUGAGGCCCGCGAGGGUGGCUUCGACGGUCUCGUCGUCGCCACUCUGCUCACACCCGCCAGCAUCUUCAAACACCUGGUCCCGCGCCUCGCCGGGUCAGCACCCGUUGCCAUGUAUUCUCCAACCGCCGAGCCGCUCGUCGAGCUGAUGGACCUCUACUCCACUGGGCGGAGGACAGCCUUUAUCACCAAGAAGCGAGAACUCACCCAGAACUCUUCGGAUAAUGAGGAGGUUGACUUGUCUUCCCUGUAUGACGAAUUUGAACUCGAUCCCACCCUUCUCCUGGCCCCAACACUGCAUCACUCUCGUGUCCGUGCCUGGCAAGUGCUGCCCGGCCGGACACACCCGCUUAUGACAGGACGAGGCGGUGCAGAAGGUUAUCUAUUCCACGGCGUUCGAGUCAUUCCCACCGCGGACCAUAUCCAAGCAGCUGGCACCUUUCGGAAGAGAAGAAAGGUGGUCACAUCUACGCCUACUACUGAUCAAGACGUGGAGAUGGCCACCUGA